AUGAGGGCAGAUUAUGCAAGUAAUCAAAAUUUUGAAGUUUGCAACACGGAUGGUUUGAGGUGGAGUGUGGAUUUGGUGAUAAAAGAAUGUGCAUGUAGGAAAUGGCCACUGACUGGAAUUCCUUGCGCACGUGCCGUUUCUGGUAUGCUGUCAAGGAGAAUAGAAAUAUAUGAAUUUGUUGAUGAAUAUUACAAGAAGGAAAGAUAUCUGAUGGCAUACAACCCCGUGAUUCAGCCAAUGUCAAGGCCCGAACUUUGGCCUGAAUUAGGGAAACACCCGUUGAAGCCACCAAUGAAGAAGAAGCAGGCAGGUAGGCCUAAAAAGCUCGGAAAAAGAUCUCAGACCGAACCACCCGCUGGAGUUAAAAUGACCGGAACAGGCAUGCAAAUGACGUGUAGAAAGUGUGGAGAAGCUGGACACAAUAAGAGAACGCGCACUGCAUAG